CAAGAGCUGUAUUUUGUGCAUUGAGAGAGUUAUCUCCCUGCGUAGUAUAAAAAGAAUAGAACAUCACCGCUAGGUGAAAUGCAUUUUUGGCAUGAGCUGUAUUUUGUGCAUUGAGAGAGUUAUCUCCCUGCGUAGUAUAAAAAGAAUAGAACAUCACCGCUAGGUGGCAGUGCAAUAGGUCACAAAGUUUGUAAACAGAAGCUGAAGUUCUACGGUAGUAGAAAAUUAGCGAUUUAAUGUUUUCAUCCACGUGAGUGGUUUAUCUAGUUUAUGUGCUGAUUCGUUAGAUGUACUGAGGGGUUUUAAUCCAUCGUUUGUGUCCAGCCAGGUCUAAAAAACGGAUAGCGUGGGUUGAGCUGUGAACGGUGGAGAUUGGCGCGGACUGGCCAUCAACAGACUUGCUCCAUGAACAGCAUUCUUGCUCCAAUGGAACCAGUAAAUAAUGCAUCUAUCAAGAUGCCGCAGCCAUCACGAAAGAGAAGGAGGCUAGACGAUACGACUAGACAGGAAGUUUCAGACCUGAUGUCACAAAUGCUUCAAACUAUGGUGCCGAACAUUGUCGAAAUGGUUACGCAGAAAUUAAAAGGAGAGAUGUCUCAACCACAAACAGAGCAAGGACCUACCAGCGUAAGCAGCGUUGAUGGACAUCAAACAAUAAAUGUGGAAGCAACAGUCCAUCAAGAGGAAUCUACUCAACAAAGUACUAGCACUGUAGAAGUCUUACCAAGUCAACCGUUGACUACCAGUGCACAAGGUAACACAUUAAACACAACUGGUCCUUUACAUUCAGGUCGUCCCUUGGGACAAAGUGUGGAUAAGAAAUUAAAGGCAAAAAUUUGGGCAGAAGAAUAUGUUCAACUUGGUGCGCUUUUGCUCAAAAACCCUUAUUCAAAAUUGGAGGCAGUACAAGGGGAAAAUAAUGAGAUAACCUUUCAACAUAAAGAACAAAAGUUUUACAUAAAAUCAAUUACGCAAUGGAUAAAUGCUUUUCACAUUUUUGUGUCUAUUUACUGUGAGAAAUUUCCUAAUCAGUCUUCAAACAUGAUGAAGUACAUGGCAAUCGUCCAGAAAUUGAAUGCAGAUGUUGGAGAAAAGGCUGCGUUGCAUUAUGACGAGCAAUUUCGGCUAUGGAGAGCUGAUAACCCAACCUUUAUGCCCUGGCAGCAGAUCAACCAGGAACUCCAUGCUGAGGCACUGCAACUUGGCCUAAAAACCAAAAUUCAGACUUUGGAGAAAUCAUCAAAAUCUAACAACUCCUAUUUUCAGCAGUCCGGAAACAAACAACAGCCCUUUCGUGCCAAAUCACUGGAGAAAGGCCCCUGUUUCAGCUUCAACAACAAUGCAGGGAAAUGUCUCAGACCAAACUGUGAGUUCCCCCAUGUAUGCCUUAGAUGCCAAGGACAACACCACAAAAGAAUAUGUACCUUCUCAAGUGAAAGCAAACCAAGCUCAGUUAAAUCCUUGCAAGCAAGCGGAAGCACGGUCAUCCAAGCAGCAACCAAGACUAAGAAAUAAGGAUCAAGAUGUAGUCACGCCAAUAAAAGUUGAAGUGUUGAAUUUAUGGCUAGAAGGUUAUGAAGAAAGCAAACUACAGUAUUUGGUUGAUGGGUUUACGUUUGGAUUUCGCAUUCCAUUUAAUGGCAAUAGAACCUUUCGUUAUAGUGAUAAUCUCAAGUCAGCUCGAGAAAACUUGGAAAUUUUGCAGGAAAAAAUUCAAAAAGAAAUUGACACAAAUAGGGUCGGAGGCCCUUUUCACAUUGAUAAUAUUCCAUUUGAAGCAUUACAAAUUUCUCCAUUGGGUCUAGUCCCUAAACAGAAACCUGGGGAGUAUAGGGUUAUUCAUCACCUCUCCUUUCCUGAAGGAUCAUCAAUUAAUGAUGGAAUUGAUAGAGAACAUUCAGCAGUAUCGUAUCAAACUAUUGAUGAUGCAGUUAAAUUGAUUAAACAAUUUGGAAAGGGAGCUUUAUUGUCUAAAACGGAUAUUGAACAUGGCUAUAAAAAUAUUCCUAUUCACCCAUCUGACCAUGAAUUAUUGGGGUUUGCCAUUGGGAAAGACAUAUAUUUUGAUAAAACACUUCCCAUGGGAUUAAGUUUUGCAUGCAAUCUUUUUGAAAAAUUUUCAACAGCUUUGCAUUGGAUCGUAACUAACAAAUUAAAGAUUUCUGGAUGUGUACACAUGUUGGAUGAUUUUUUAUUGGUAGGACCACCCUCCUAUCCUGUUUGUGAGAAACAAUUAUGCAUACUUCUUCAGACAUUUGAGCAUAUUGGUGUUCCAAUGAAACAAGAUAAAACAGUUUUUCCAACGACCAUUAUCACAUUUCUUGGAUUGGAAUUGGAUACAGUUAACAUGCUUAUACGUCUCCCAAAAGAAAAGCUUUCUAAGAUACGUCAGGAAAUUUCAAAAGCAAAGUGUCGAAAAAAGAUGACGUUACAGGAAAUUCAAUCAUUGAUUGGGUUAUUAAAUUUUGCCUGUGCAGUUGUUACACCAGGAAGAACAUUCCUCCGCCGGCUUAUUGAUUUGACCAAAGGAUUAAAGAAGCCACACCAUAGACGAAGAAUAACAAAAGAUGCAAGAGCAGAUUUAGAGGCAUGGUCAUUGUUUAUUGAACACUUUAAUGGUUCAUCAUUCUUUCUGGAGGAUAAACUUCAAACAUCAGAAACACUGCAAUUGUAUACUGAUGCUAGUGGCUUAGGACAUGGAGGGGUGUUUGGAAAACAAUGGUUUUAUGGAGAGUGGACGACUGAAUGGACUGAUCAUCAUAUAUCUGUAAAAGAACUUUUUCCAAUUGUUGUGUCUGUUCAUUUAUGGGGAAAUCAAAUGGCAAAUAAGAGAAUCUGUUUCUUUUCAGAUAAUAUGGCAGUGGUGCACGUUAUAAAUAAACAAAGUGCUAAGGACCAGUUUAUUAUGAAAUUAUUGCGUCGUCUUAUUGUUCAGUGUUUACAAUUCAAUAUUCUAUUUUAUGCUAAACAUGUGCCAGGAGUCAAAAACAUUUUAAGUGACAAGUUAUCUCGAUUGCAGAUUCAACAGUUCCAAGAACUAGCCCCACACAUGGACAAGUCACCGUGGAAAGUCCCUGCAGAAAUCUACAAAAUCUAAAAGAGGUGUCACAGUUCUUGAUGGACAAUGCUCUUACAAAUGGGACACGUAAUUCAUACCAAAGAGCAAAGCUGGCAUAUGAGGAAUUCUUGGAAGUCCAUUUUCCUGGAACAGUAACAUUUCCUAUUCAUGUAGAGCAUUUAGUGUUGUUUAUAUCAAAUUGUUAUCAAAAAGGUCUCGCACCUCAAACUGUUUGUACAUAUUUGUCUGCAUUAGCACAUUUUAGUAAAAUGAAAGGUCAUGUUGACCCUACGCAAAAUUUUGUGAUAAAACGAACAAUUCAGGGUUUUCAAAAAUUGAAAUCCAGGGCAGAUGUCAGAAUGCCUAUCACCCCGUCUAUCUUACAAAAGUUAGUAAAUUCUCUGUAUUUAUGUACAUCUUCAUUUUAUGAGAAAUGUUUGUUUAAAGCAAUGUUUUUACUAGCGUUUCAUGCAUUCUUGCGCAUUGGCGAAAUCACGAGCACAACCAAGUCUUCUACCGUCCUACCAUUAGCAGCUAUACAAUUGGAAAAAUAUCCAAAUGCCAAACCAAAAGAAAUGACAUUAACAUUAACAAACUUCAAGCAUCAUCAAGGCAAGCCCCCUGUGACAUUUCAAAUUGCCGCAGACACUGAAAAACCAGAAACUUGUGCAGUGCUAGCAAUGUUUGAUUAUUUGCAUGUGAGAGGUGAGGAGGAUGGGCCUCUUUUCAUGCUUAGGGAUCAUUCGCCUAUUACACGCCAUAUGUUCAAUGAACAGUUGAAAAUUUCUCUUACAUUUUUGGGUUAUGAUACGAAAAUUUAUAAAGGUCAUUCUUUUAGAAUUGGUGCUGCAUCAUGGGCUAAAUCAAAAGGAGUUUCUGAUGACCAGAUUCAGCUACUAGGAAGAUGGAAAUCAGAAGCGUUCAGAAGAUAUAUUCGAAUUCCUUUAUUAAAGCUAUAACAAUAAGCUUUAUUAUGGUAAACAAUGCAGAGUAAAUACGAGUUAGUAAAUGAUUACAUUGUUUCUUCUGUACCAAUUCUUAGAUUAAUGAAAAACUAGGCAAGAAUGUAAAUAACUUUUUCGUAAAGAUUGAUGACUUUUACAUUAAGAAAACUGGUAAUUUAUACUGAAUUUGUAAAUUUAUUUAGUGUACAUGAACUUAUGUACAAAUGUUGUUUCUGAAUAUGUACAAGUUGGAUAUGAGGACAGGGGCCUUUAUCCAAAGUUUCACAUUGAGUUAUUGAAUAGAAAUAUUGCUAAAUUGCAUAUGUUGGCAAACCCUUUUUAAAAUGUCUGGUUGAAUAUAAGAACAAAAUUUUAGCUUAUAUAUAUAUUGGUACAUUGUAUAAUGUUUCGAAGUUAAAAGGCAAAAAACAAAAGUGUUGUUACACACAUGAUGUUUGUAGAAGAAUGGUUCAACAUGGUAUGAAGAUAGGAGCCAAGUUUCACUGUACAUGUUUGACUAAUUAUGAUGUUGGAUAUGAGGUCAGGGGCCUUUAUCCAAAGUAAAAUUUUUUAAUAAUUACAAGGUUGGAUUGAAGACAGGGGCUUCAUCCAAUGCACUUGUAAUUUCAGAUGGGUUAAUAAGAAUAAUAAACAGUAUGAAGACAAUGACAGUAAUAUUAAGUUACAUGUAUAUAAAUCAUUAAGUUUAGUUUUUGAUUGUUGAUUGUCGAAUUUCUUAUUUUUGAAAAGAGCAUGUUUUAUAUUGUGUCAUUUGGUAUCUUGUGCGUGUUCUAGUCAAAUUUUUCUUAUUUUGCUAAUCUCGCCCUGUUGCCCACAAAACUAUUGGGUGGGGGGUAUUACUAAUCAGUCAUACUUAUUAGUAAUACUUUGGCUGUUUUAUUGGUCCCCACCUUUGAUUUUGCAAUAAUCAUUGAACUAGUCAGAUGUUCCUCAGAGUGUAUAUAUUGUAAAGUUUUACAAAGUACAUUAAGUUGAUUUUGCUUAUGGAGUGUUAUUAACUUUUCUUACAAUUAGUAUUAUACUGCAUUAGUAGUUUCGUCAUUAUGUUAAUAAAUGACCUUUUUCAAUUCAAAUUG